AUGAAAUCUCAUCCGACUCUUUUGAUGUUGCGCUCUAAGACGAAUGGAAUUCCCAGAGGUGAGUGCAGCCGUUCCUCAAAACAACCUGUGCACCGGCGCGUUCGGCCGGAAAGUUGGGAACUGAAGGUUCCUCGGAAGCAACCUCAAAAUCUCCACUUCAGUUCGAAAUUGAAACUGUCAUUGUUAGCAGAGAACUCAAAAGACAAUGCCUUGCAGUCGACAGAGCAGAUGAUAGGAAGGUCACGGAACGGGCCAAUAGGCUUAACUCAUAAUGAUGAUGAUGAUGAUGAUGAUGGUGGUGGAGAAAGUAUUCCCCUUUUUGCGUCUUCACACCCGGCUAUAUAA